GUGCGUAAUCGACGCGGGAUGCGUGCUGGCACGAUGCCCUGGUGGCGGCGCUACUUGGAAGCUGCGUCGUUGGUCGUGCUGUGCUUCCUGGUUCGGCCCACCGAACAGGGCAAGCUGUUGAAGAUUGCCUUGGCCGCAUCUGCACUGGGUGGCCAGCACAGGUUCAGCAUGAUACCCAUCCCUAUACCCAUCCGUCAGGAACACAAGCAGUACUACCCAGUCCACUACCCGGUUCCCGUACCGGUGUACCACAAUCACCACACCAAGCACAAGAUCCACAACAUCCAUCACCUGCACAAGGUUUACAUUCCGGUACACCACCACACGAAGACAGUGCACCACAAGCACUACUUGCACCACCAUGGCCACGGCCACGAUCACUACGGCUAUGGGCACAAGCACUACGACCAUGGCCACAAUCACGAUGGACACGGCCACGACCACUAUGGCCAUGGCCACGACGACUAUGGUGGUCAUGGCAGCCGCAAGGUUGUCUACAUCAUUCACAAGCAUGGUGGUUACCGCUGGCACCGCAGACGGUAG